GAACCACGUAAAAUCGUUCUCUCUAUUUCGUACUAUUUAUCAGAGUCAGCUAACAUUAAAUUCUCCUCUCCAGCUAGCUGAAGAUCCUUUUUUUUUUUUUUUAAUCACACUCAGCUCUCUUCUUGUCUCUCUAUAAAAAUCUCCACCCAAACUCCCAACUCCCAAACCUUUCAACUAGACAACAAUAAACGAGAUAAAAAACGUAUUACACCAUGGUGGCCGCCGGCGACAUGAGGAGCCUGACCGUCCACACCGUGAAGGGCCGGUGGUUCAUGGUCUUCGCCUGCCUCCUCAUCAUGUCCGCCGCCGGCGCCACCUACAUGUUCAGCCUCUACUCACCCGACGUCAAAUCCUCCCUCGGCUACGACCAGACCACCCUCAACCUCCUCAGCUUCUUCAAGGACCUCGGCGGCAACGUCGGCGUCCUCUCCGGCCUCAUCAACGAGGUCACCCCGCCCUGGGUCGUCCUCUCCAUCGGCGCCGCCCUCAACUUCUUCGGCUACUUCAUGAUCUGGCUCGCCGUCACCGGCAAGCUCACCCACGUCAAGGUGUGGCAAAUGUGCCUCUACAUCUGCGUGGGCGCGAACUCCCAGUCGUUCGCCAACACCGGAGCGCUCGUCACGUGCGUCAAGAACUUCCCGGAGAGCCGCGGCGUCGUUUUGGGGAUUUUGAAAGGCUACGUGGGCCUUAGCGGCGCGAUCAUCACUCAGCUCUACCACGGAUUCUACGGCGACGACUCCAGGUCACUCAUCCUCCUCAUCGCCUGGCUCCCCGCCGCCGUCUCCUUCGCCUUCCUCGCCACCGUCCGGAUCAUGAAGGUGCCGGUCCGGCACCCGGACGAGAUCAGGGUCUUCUACAACUUCCUCUACAUCUCCCUCGGCCUCGCCGGGUUCCUGAUGGUCAUGAUCGUCCUCCAGAAGCAGUUCCGGUUCGACCGGGGCGAGUACGGCGGCAGCGCCGCCAUGGUCCUCGUCCUGCUCUUCCUCCCCCUCGCCGUCGCCGUCCUCGAGGAGUACAAGAUCUGGAAGGACAAAAGAGUCAUUCCGCGGUUCUCCGGUCCGACCGGACCGAAACCCGUACCCGAACCGGUCAAAAUCGUUGCCACCACCACUGAUGUGGUCCCCCGGGAUGGGGACCACGGCGACGCGGCGGGAACGUCGUCGUCGUCCUCCUGCUGGAGGACGGCGUUCCGGCCGCCGAGCAGGGGCGAGGACUUCACCAUCCUGCAGGCCCUGUUCAGCCCGGACAUGCUGAUCCUGUUCCUCGCCACGACCUGCGGCGUCGGCGGGACCCUGACCGUGAUCGACAACCUCGGCCAGAUCGGGACCGCCCUGGGCUACCCGAAAAAAUCGAUCAGCACGUUCGUUUCGCUCGUCAGCAUCUGGAACUACCUGGGCCGGGUCGGGUCGGGUUUCCUGUCGGAGCACCUCCUGACCGCGUACAGGUUCCCGCGACCCCUGAUGUUCACCUUAAUCCUCCUCCUCUCCUGCCUCGGCCACCUCCUGAUCGCGUUCGACGUCCCGGGCGGGCUCUACCCGGCGUCGAUCGUGACAGGGUUCUGCUUCGGGGCCCAGUGGCCGCUCCUGUUCGCGAUCAUAUCGGAGAUCUUCGGAUUGAAGUACUACUCCACGCUCUACAACUUCGGGUCGGUGGCCAGCCCGAUCGGGUCGUACCUGCUCAACGUCCGGGUGACCGGUUACCUGUACGACAAGGAGGCGAGGGAGCAGCUCGAGGCGUCGGGUCGGGUCAGGGAACCGGGUCAGGACCUGAAUUGCGUCGGGUCCAAGUGUUUUAAGCUGGCUUUUGUUAUAAUCACGGCCGUGACAUUGUUCGGUACGCUUGUUUCGCUGGUUCUGGUGGCGAGGACGAGGAAGUUUUACCGGGGUGAUAUUUACAAGAGGUUCCGGGAGGAGGCGCCGGCGCCGGCGCCGGUGGAGCAGGAAAUGACGGUGGCGGAGGGGAAAGUGAAAGAUAGACAAGAGGACUAAUUAUUUAAAGUGUAGAGAUUGACGUGUGGGAGAAAAGAUGGGGAAGAGAAGACAUCACGGAAGUUGUCAUUUGUCAAACUCCAUUAGAGAUUAAUUUAGUGUCUCAUCAUUCGCUCUAUGGUGAUUUGAUUUGCAUAAUCAUGGUGGUGGUGGUGAUGACGAACUUUCCUUAACCUCCUACCUACUAAUUAACCCAAAAUGUAUGGAGAGAUCUUUCACCAAAUGUAUGAAGAUUGAAGACAUAACGUAAUGUGGGUGUGAUGGUUAGAAUGUAAUGGAGUUGUAUAAUGAUGGGCAUAUACAGAC